AUGCAGGGAUUCAACAAAUACUAUCCACCAGAUUAUGAUGGAGAAAAGCACAAGAGUCUCAAUUCUUAUCGAGGAAAACAUGCACUAGGAGAUCGAGCUCGCAAGAUAGACCAAGGGAUAUUAAUUACUCGGUUUGAACUCCCCUUCAAUAUCUGGUGUGGGGGAUGUGAUGCUCACAUUGGCAUGGGCGUUCGGUACAAUGCCGAGAAACGUAAAGUUGGCAACUAUUACUCGACACCUAUUUAUGCUUUUCGGUGCAAAUGCCACUUGUGUAGCCACUGGUUUGAGAUCAGGACGGAUCCUCAAAACACAAGAUAUGUGGUAGAGUAUGGUGCCCGACAAAAAGUCGAGGACUGGAAUCCAGAAGAGAACGGGGAAAACGACCCAUCCAAGAACGCCCCCCUUGAUCCGCUCCAAUCACUCGAAAAAUCGACGACGCAGGAAGAAAACUAUCAAAAACACUCGCGACCACACCUUGAGCAACUACAGGACCUUUCUGCUGCACGUUCAGCAGACCCGUACUCUCUUUCGGUCAAACUCCGCAAGAGUUUCCGCCAAGGCAAACACGCAGCGCUCAAAAUCAAAGCCGAGGACGAUGCACUAAAGGACAAGUACGGCCUAGACGCGGGGAUAAAACUAGUAGACAAGGAUGAUCCGUCACUGGCUUUGGAAGCGAAAGCUGAAUGGGAGGAUGGGCAGAAGCGGCGAGAGGAAGAAGAGCGAAGCGCCGGUUGUACAAUGCACAAAGCGGACCGGUCGAAUUUCAGACCCUCCCCGCCUAGGAAGAACAACUCUGUUCCUCGACCGAUGCACAAGGUCCACGCUCAACCCCACACUUCGAACCCAAUCUUGAAGAAGGACAAGAUCGCUCAAGUUGCCAAAGCCAAGGCGAUGUCUACUCUUACUUCUACCCUCAUAUCCAACUCUGCACGCAAAGCGGAUCCAUUCGCACGUGGUGGUAUUGGAGCGAUUGGUCGAAGUUCGAAUAAACACCCUGGGUUAUCUCGUAAACUAUGA